AUGGGUUACGCAGAAGACAUCUCGAAUGGCUCCGAGGGGAGCAAGUUCACCGAGAACGAUGAGAAGACCUACGUGUCGCCACCCGCGUUCGAGGGUGAUAUUGUUGGGGAGAUGAGCGAGGCCGAGCGCCAUGGUGUGCAGAAGUUCAACCGCCUGGGCUGGAAGCGAUUGACCGUCGUCUUGAUCGUCGAGGCCAUCGCCCUGGGUAGUCUGUCUAUCCCCAAGACCUUCGCUACGCUGGGCAUGGUGGCGGGUGUCAUCUGCUGUGUCGGGGUCGGACUGAUCGCGAUCUACACCAGUUACGUCGUCGGUCAGGUCAAGCUGCUGUUCCCGGAGGUGUCCCAUUACGCCGAUGCGGGGCGCCUGAUGUUUGGUCGUUUUGGGUAUGAACUCAUCUACGUCAUGUUGGCUCUGCAGCUGGUCUUCCUGACGGGAUCGCACACCUUGACCGGGACCAUUGCCUGGAUGAACAUCACCGAAAGCCACAUCUGCUCCGUCGUCUUUGCCGUCGUCUCCGCCAUCCUCUUGCUGCUGCUGGCUGUCCCGCCGAGUUUCGCAGAAGUGGCGAUCCUCGGAUACGUGGAUUUCGCCUCCAUCAUCAUCGCCAUUGGCAUCACGAUUAUCGGCACUGGUGUGUCCUCGACCAACAGCCCUGGUGGCUUGUCAGCCGUUCCCUGGUCGGCAUGGCCCAAGGAUAACCUCACCUUUGGCGAAGGGUUCAACUCCAUCACCAACAUCGUCUUCGCGUACAGUUUCGCCAUGUGCCAGUUCUCCUUCAUGGACGAAAUGCACACGCCUCGCGACUACGUGAAAUCCAUCUGGGUGCUGGGAAUCAUUGAGAUUAUCAUCUACACGUUAACGGGUGCGUUGGUCUACGCCUUUGUUGGACCAUCGGUGUCCUCCCCCGCCUUGACCUCCGCCGGCCAUCUGCUGGGCCGUGUCGCAUAUGGCAUCGCUCUGCCCGUCAUCUUCAUCAGUGGCUCGAUCAACACGGUCGUCUGUGGUCGUAUGAUCCACGGCCGCAUCUUUGCGAAAUCGCCUGUUCGCUACAUCAACACCAAGAUGGGCUGGAUCACUUGGCUGGCCAUCAUCACUGUUAUCACCGUUCUCGCCUUCAUCAUCGCCGAGGUUAUCCCCUUCUUCGACGAUCUAUUGUCCAUUUCGUCCGCCCUCUUCAUCUCCGGCUUCAGUUUCUACUUCCCCGCUAUGAUGUGGUUCAUCCUCAUUCGCAAGGGUAGCAUCUUUGAGCGCAAGAACUUGCUGCUUGGCAUUACCAACCUCUUCAUCAUGCUCAUUGGUUUCCUUAUUCUGGGUGCCGGAACUUACUCCAGUGUUGAUGAUAUUAUCUCGCAAUACAACGCCGGUACCGUGCGUGGUGUUUUCACUUGUGCCGCUCCGACGUCGUAA